AUGACUACAAAAAGAAGUUUAUUUGUGCGGUUGGUACCAUGUCGUUGUCUACGAGGAGAAGAGGAGACUGUCACUACUCUUGAUUAUUCUCAUUGCAGUUUGGAACAGGUUCCCAAAGAGAUUUUUACUUUUGAGAAAACUCUGGAGGAGCUCUACUUAGAUGCUAAUCAGAUUGAAGAGCUUCCAAAGCAACUUUUUAACUGUCAGUCUCUACACAAACUGAGUUUGCCAGAUAAUGAUUUAACAGCAUUACCAGCAUCUAUUGCAAAUCUCAUUAAUCUCAGGGAACUGGAUGUCAGCAAGAAUGGAAUACAAGAGUUUCCAGAAAAUAUAAAAAAUUGUAAAGUUUUGACAGUUGUGGAGGCCAGUGUAAAUCCUAUUUCCAAGCUUCCUGAUGGAUUUUCUCAGCUGUUAAACUUAACCCAGUUAUAUCUGAAUGAUGCUUUCCUUGAGUUCUUGCCAGCUAAUUUUGGCAGAUUAACUAAACUCCAAAUAUUAGAACUUAGAGAAAACCAGUUGAAAAUGUUGCCAAAAACCAUGAAUAGACUGACCCAGCUGGAAAGACUGGACUUGGGAAGUAAUGAAUUCACAGAAGUGCCUGAAGUACUUGAGCAGCUAAGUGGAUUGAAAGAAUUUUGGAUGGAUGGUAAUAGACUGACUUUUAUUCCAGGGUUUGUUGGUAGUUUGAAACAGCUCACAUAUUUGGAUAUUUCUAAAAAUAAUAUUGAGAUGGUUGAAGAAGGAAUUUCAGGAUGUGAAAACCUUCAAGAUCUCCUGUUAUCAAGCAAUUCACUUCAACAACUGCCAGAGACUAUUGGUUCAUUGAAGAAUGUAACAACUCUUAAAGUAGAUGAAAAUCAGUUAAUGUAUCUACCAGACUCUAUAGGAGGGUUAGUAUCAAUAGAAGAACUGGAUUGUAGCUUCAAUGAACUUGAAGCUUUGCCUUCAUCUAUUGGGCAGCUUACUAAUAUAAGAACCUUUGCUGCGGAUCAUAAUUAUUUACAACAGUUACCCCCAGAGAUUGGAAGUUGGAAAAAUAUAACUGUGCUAUUUCUCCAUUCUAAUAAACUUGAGACACUUCCAGAGGAAAUGGGUGAUAUGCAGAAAUUAAAAGUCAUUAAUUUGAGUGACAAUAGAUUAAAAAAUUUGCCCUUUAGCUUUACAAAGCUACAGCAAUUGACUGCUAUGUGGCUCUCAGAUAAUCAGUCCAAACCCCUGAUACCUCUUCAAAAAGAGACUGAUUCAGAGACCCAGAAAAUGGUGCUUACUAACUACAUGUUCCCUCAGCAGCCAAGAACUGAGGAUGUUAUGUUUAUAUCAGAUAAUGAAAGUUUUAACCCUUCGUUGUGGGAGGAACAGAGGAAACAGCGAGCGCAAGUGGCCUUUGAGUGCGACGAAGACAAAGAUGAGAGGGAGGCGCCUCCCAGAGAGGGAAAUUUGAAGAGAUAUCCAACACCAUACCCAGAUGAGCUUAAGAAUAUGGUCAAAACUGUUCAAACCAUUGUACAUAGAUUAAAAGAUGAAGAGACUAAUGAAGACUCUGGAAAAGAUUUGAAACCACAUGAAGAUCAGCAAGUUGUAAAUAAUGAUGUGGGUGUGAAGACUUCUGAAAGUACCACUCCAGUAAGAAGCAAAGCUGAUGAAAGAGAAAAGUAUAUGAUAGGAAACUCAAUACAGAAGACCAAUGAGCCUGAAGCUGAGGUCAGUUCUGGAAAUCUGCCAGUGACUGCAAAUGUGAAAGCCUCUGAGAACUUGAAGCAUAUUGUUAAUCAUGAUGAUGUUUUUGAGGAAUCUGAAGAACUUUCUUCUGAUGAAGAGAUGAAAAUGGCAGAGAUGCGACCACCAUUAAUUGAAACCUCUAUUAACCAGCCCAAAGUUGUAGCACUUAGUAGUAACAAAAAAGAUGAUACAAAGGAUACGGAUUCUUUAUUAGAUGAAGUUACACACAAUAGCAAUCAGAAUAACAGCAACUGUUCUUCUCCAUCUCGGAUGUCUGAUUCAGUUUCUCUUAAUACUGACAGCAGUCAAGAUACCUCACUCUGCUCCCCAGUGAAACAAACUCAUAUUGGUGUUAAUUCCAAAAUCAGGCAAGAAGAUGAAAAUUUUAACAGUCUUUUACAAAAUGGAGAUAUUUUAAAUCAUUCAACAGAGGAAAAAAUCAAGGUUCCUGAUAAAAAAGAUUUUAACUUACCUGAGUAUGAUUUGAAUAUUGAAGAGAGGUUAGUUCUUAUUGAAAAAGGUGUUGACUCAACAGCCACAUCUGAUGAAUCUCACAAAUUAGACCAUAUCAAUAUGAAUCUAAAUAAAUUUGUAACUAAUGAUACAUUUCAACCAGAGAUAGUGGAAAGAUCAAAGACACAAGAUACAGUGCUUGGAAUGGGCUUUUUAAGCAAUAAUGCUAAAGGAGAAGCUGAGCACUUGGAAAACGGAAACAAGUUUCCUAAUGUUGAAUGCAUAAAUAAGGUAAAUGGACAUUCUGAGGAAACUCCCCAAUCUCCUACGAGGACCGAACCACAUGACACUGAUUCUUCUGUUGAUGUGGGUCAUUCCAAAAGCACUGAAGAUCUCUCCCCUCAGAAAAGUGGGCCAAUUGGAUCUGUUGUGAAAUCUCAUAGCAUAACUAAUAUGGAAACUGGAGGGCUAAAAAUCUAUGACAUUCUGAGUGAUAAUGGACCUCAGCAGCCAAGUGCCACAGCUAAAGUAACAUCUACUAUUGAUGGAAAAAAUAUAGUCAGGAGCAAGUCAGCUACGCUUUUAUAUGAUCAACCAUUGCAAGUAUUUACUGGUUCUUCUUCAUCUUCUGAUUUAAUAUCGGGUGCAAAGGCAAUUUUCAAGUUUGAUUCAAAUCAUAAUCCUGAAGAACCAAAUAUAAUAAGAGGUCCCACAAGCGGCCCACAGUCUAUGCCUCAGAUAUAUGGUCCUCCACAGUAUAAUAUUCAGUACAGUAGCAGUGCUGCAGUCAAGGACACUUUGUGGCACUCCAAACAAAAUCCCCAAGUAGAUCCUGUCAAUUUUCCCUCACAGCGCUUUCCUAGAUCAGAGAGUACAGAAAGUCACAGUUAUGCUAAACAUUCUGCCAAUAUGAAUUUCUCUAAUCAUAACAAUGUUCGAGCUAAUGCUGGGUAUCAUUUACACCAGAGACUUGGUCCAGGAAGACAUGGGGACAUGUGGGCCAUCUCACCAAAUGACCGACUCAUUCCUGGAGCAACUCGAACUACAAUUCAGCGACAGAGUAGUGUGUCCUCAACAGCCUCUGUAAAUCUUGGUGAUCCGGGUCCCACGAGGCGGACCCAGGCUCCUGAAGGAGAUUAUUUGUCAUACAGAGAGUUGCAUUCAGUGGGACGAACUCCUCCAGUGAUGUCAGGAGCACAGAGACCUCUUUCCGCACGCACCUACAGCGUUGAUGGCCCAAAUGCCUCAAGGCCUCAGAGUGCUCGCCCCUCCGCUAGUGAGAUACCAGAGAGAACUAUGUCAGUCAGUGACUUCAGCUAUUCACGGACUAGCCCUUCAAAAAGACCGAGUACAAGGGUUGGUUCUGAGCACUCGCUAUUAGAUCCGCCAGGAAAAAGUAAAGUUCCUCAUGAUUGGCGAGAACAAGUACUACGACACAUUGAGGCCAAAAAAUUAGAAAAGAGCAUGCUGUCAAGGUCCUUUAAUUCCAAUUUUACUGCUGUAAGCAACUUUCAGUAUGGCAGCUCUAGGGAUCUGCAUGGCAGCCAGGGCAGUCUGGCCUUGAGUGUUGCAGACGGAAGAGGUUCUGGUGGGCACACUUUUCGACAUCCCCAGACAUCUUGUCCAGGAGAUCCUUGUCAAGAUGAUAUAUUCAUUUCAGGACAGCAGAACUACCCAUCAGCUCCAAUUAGUCACAAAGAUGUUCUUCCAGACAGCCUGAUGAAAAUGCCUUUGAGUAAUGGACAGAUGGGCCAGCCUCUCAGGCCUCAGGCAAAUUAUAGUCAAAUACAUCACCCCCUUCCUCAGGCAUCUGUGGCAAGGCAUCCCUCUAGAGAACAACUAAUUGAUUACUUGAUGCUGAAAGUGGCCCACCAGCCUCCAUACACACAGCCCCAUUGUUCUCCUAGACAAGGCCAUGAACUGGGAAGGCAAGAGAUUCGAGUGAGAGUUGAAAAGGAUCCAGAACUUGGAUUUAGCAUAUCAGGAGGGGUUGGGGGAAGAGGAAACCCAUUCAGACCUGAUGACGAUGGUAUAUUUGUAACAAGGGUACAGCCUGAAGGACCUGCAUCAAAAUUAUUGCAGCCAGGUGACAAAAUUAUUCAGGCUAACGGCUACAGUUUUAUCAAUAUUGAACAUGGACAAGCAGUGUCCUUGCUAAAAACUUUCCAGAACACAGUAGAACUCAUCAUCCUAAGAGAGGUUUCCUCAUAA